UCCAAACAACCUUCCUUAGUCAUGGUGCAAAAAAACACUUAAAGGUCAACACACAUGGUCACACAUAACACAACCUAAACAUUGUAGAUAUUAUGAAAAACAACCUUCCCUCGUCAUGGUGCACAAAAACCUACAUAAAGGUCAACACACAUGGUCACACGUAACACAACCUAAACAUUGUGGGUUUUAUGAAAAACGUCCAAACACCAUAAAACGUUUCUAAAUUACACCCAUUUAUAUAAUCUGUUUUGGGAAAAAUGCAAAACAGUCUUAAAACACCACUUAUAUGACACAAUCCAAACAACCUUCCCUAGUCAUGGUGCAAAAAAAAACUACAUAAAGGUCAACACACAUAACAUAACCUAAAUAUUGUGGGUAUUAUGAAAAAUGUCCAAACACUAUAAAAGUUUUCUAAAUUACACCCAUUUAGAUCUGUUUUGGAAAAAAUGCAAAACAAUCUUAAAACAGAAUUUAUAUGACAAAAUCCAAACAACCUUCCCUAGUCAUGGUGCACAAAAAUCUACAUAAAUGUCAACAUACGGUCACACAUAACACAACCUAAACAUUGUGAAUAUUAUGAAAAACGUCCAAACACUACAAAAAAAUUCAAAAUCACACCCAUUUAAAUCCAUUAGAGUGCAUGAUGGGGAAAAAUGCAAAAGUCUCGUAAAACACAAUUUAUAUGACACAAUCCAAACAACCUUCCCUAGUCAUGGUGCAAAAAAAUCUACAUAAAGGUCAACACACGGUCGCACAUAACACACCCUCAACAUUGUGAAUAUUAUGAAAAACGUCCAAACACUACAAAAAAGAUCUAAACGACACCCAUUUAAAUCCGUUAGAGUGCAUGAUGGGGAAAAAUGCAAAAGUCUCGUAAAACACAAUUUAUGUGACACAAUCCAAACAACUUUCCCUAGUCAUGGUGCAAAGAAAAAUCUACAUAAAGGUUAACAUACGGUCACACAUAACACACCCUCAACAUUGUGAAUAUUAUGAAAAACGUCCAAACACUACAAAAAAGAUCUAAAUGACACCCAUUUAAUCCGUUAGAGUGCAUGAUGGGAAAAAAAUGCAAAACACUCUCCACACUUAUCCAUGUUUGGCUCAUUUUAGCUGCUUAAUAUUUCUGAUUGAUUACAAAACUUUAAGAAGUAAACAAUAUACUCACAUACUCUUGUAUCCAUCCAUUCAUUUUUCUACCGCUUGUCCCAUUAAUGCUAUAUUAAUCAUUCCUUCGUCAUUCAUUGACAAUAAUUGGCGCGGAUGACUUGCAUUUUUUUAAUUGGCCUUUUAGGCUGAGCUUCAUGAAGUUUGCCUGGCAACAAAUAAACGAUGUUUAAGUAGAUACAAUACGGACAUUUGGAAGUGUUUGUUACAUUCCAUAAUUUCAUUAAAACAAAACAAAAAAAUAUGUUUUAAUCGUUUAUUUGGAAACAUUUAGUUUCUUGUCCCAUCCCGCUCUGCUCAGGCAUCACCUCGGACACCUCAGCAGGUCCACCGCGCUCAGACCUCCAUGGAUGGAUGGAUGGAUGAAUGAGAGUGGUCGAAGCCGAGCAGCGAGCCUGAUUCACGGAUAAAAGCAGACCUCCGGCGGCACCAGGAUGAGCUCGGACGGCGGCAGCGGGGGCCGGCCCGCCAAGGUGGGCUCCCUGGUGGAGGUCAUCGGCAAGGGGCAGCGCGGCACGGUGGCCUUCAUCGGCGCCACGCUCUUCGCCUCGGGCAAGUGGGUCGGCGUCAUCCUGGACGAGGCCAAAGGCAAGAACGACGGCACCGUGCAGGGCAAGCGCUACUUCACCUGCGAAGAGAAUCACGGCAUAUUUGUCAGGCAGUCGCAGAUCCAGCUGGUUGAUGACGGCGCCGACACCACGUCCCCAGAGACACCUGAGUCUAGUGCCACCAAGCUGCCAAAACGAGACAUCCCGGAGACGUCCAAGUCCACCAAACUGCAUGCCACUGACCAGCCUGACCUUUCACCCCUCGCCGUCGCCUCCUUCCUUCCCUUCUGUCCUCCCACCACGCAGCGAGGAGUCAAGCCCAAAAAGACCACGGCCAGGCGGCCCAAGCAGACGAGUCGCCCCCCUGGCUCCGCAGGCAAGGGCCAGGCGUCCAGUUCCGCCUCGGCUUCGGCCGGCGAGAUGAGCAGCAGCGAGCCCAGCACGCCGGCCCAGACCCCUCUAGCCGCCCCGGUCAUCCCCACCCUCCACUCUCCUGGAAACCCUCCUCCGCCUCCCGUCCCCAGCAAGGAGGAGGAAGCUCUGCGCGCUGAGGUGAAGGACCUGGAGGAGAAGCUGGACACCCUGAAGAUGAAGCGCACGGAGGACAAGGCCAAGCUGAAGGAGCUGGAGAAGCACAAGAUCCAGCUGGAGCAGCUGCAGGAGUGGAGGAGCAAGAUGCAGGAGCAGCAGGCCGAGCUCCAGAAGCAGCUGAAGGAGGCCAAAAGGGAGGCCAGAGAAGCCCUGGAGGCCAAGGAGCACUACAUGGAGGAGAUGUCCGACACGGCCGACGCCAUCGAGAUGGCAACGCUGGACAAGGAGAUGGCCGAGGAGCGGGCCGAGUCUCUGCAGUUGGAAGUGGACUCCAUGAAGGAGAAGGUGGAGGAGCUGACCAUGGACCUGGAGAUCCUCAAGCACGAGAUUGAAGAGAAAGGUUCUGACGGCGCGGCGUCCAGUUACCACGUCAGGCAGCUGGAGGAGCAGAACGGCAGACUGAAGGAAGCCCUGGUCAGGAUGCGAGACCUGUCGGCGUCGGAGAAGCAGGAGCACGUGAAGCUGCAGAAGCAGACGGAGAAGAAGAACACGGAGCUGGAUGCUUUGAGGGCCCAGAAGGAGAAACUCCAGGAAGAAAUGUCGCUGUCAGAAAAGAUGGUUGACGAGCUGAAAGAGCAGGUGGAUGCAGCUCUGGGUGCUGAGGAGAUGGUGGAGACCCUGACUGAGAGAAACUUGGACCUGGAGGAGAAAGUCCGGGAGCUGAGAGAGACCGUCACCGACCUGGAGGCCAUCAACGAGAUGAACGACGAGCUGCAGGAGAACGCCCGGGAGACGGAGCUGGAGCUGAGGGAGAUGCUGGAUCUGGGUGGUGCCCGGGUGCGAGAGGUGGAGAAGCGGGUGGAAGCGGCCCAGGAGACGGUGGCCGACUACCAGCAGACCAUCAAGAAGUACCGUGAACUCACGGCUCACCUGCAGGAAGUGAACGGAGAGCUGACCAGCCAGCAGGAAGCCUCCGCAGAGCUCCUGCAGCAGCCACCUGCAGAAAUGUUUGACUUUAAGAUCAAGUUUGCUGAGACUAAGGCCUACGCUAAGGCCAUCGAGAUGGAGUUGAGGAAGAUGGAGGUGUGUCAGGCCAACAGACACGUUUCUCUCCUGACCGCCUUCAUGCCAGAGUCCUUCCUGCGUCACGGUGGAGACCACGCCUGCAUUCUGGUGCUGCUGCUCAUCCCUCGCCUGGUCUGCAAGGCGGAGCUCAUCAGCAAACAAGCUCAGGAGAAAUUUGACCUGAACGAGAACUGCGUGGAAAGGACCGGACUAAGAGGUUCACUCGGGGAGCAGCUGAGCUUCGCCGGUGGUCUGGUGUACUCCCUCAGUCUCUUGCAGGCCACGCUACACAAAUAUCAACAAGCUCUGUCCCAGUGCAGCGUGGAGGUCUUCAAGAAGAUCGGCUCUUUGUACUCUGAGAUGAGCGUCCACGAGCGCUCCCUGGACUUCCUGAUAGACCUGCUGCACAAAGACCAGCUGGACGAGACGGUCAACGUGGAGUCCCUCACCAAGGCCAUCAAGUACUACCAGCACCUGUACAGCAUCCACCUGGCAGAGCAGGGUGAAGACUGCACGGUGCAGCUGGCCGACCACAUCAGGUUCACCCAGAGUGCGUUGGACUGCAUGGCGGUGGAGGUGGGCCGCCUGAGGGCCUUCCUCCACGCGGGGCAGGAGAAGACGGACCUGGCUGUGCUGCUCAAGGACCUGGAGACCUCCUGCAGUGACGUGCGGCAGUUCUGCAAGAAGAUACGGCGCCGCAUGCCCGGCACCGACGCCCCGGGCAUCCCCUCCGCGCUCACCUUCAGACCGCAGGUGUGCGACACCCUGGGCGACUGCCGCAAGCACCUCACCUGGGUGGUGGCCGUGCUGCAGGAGGUGGCCGCCGCCGCCGCGCAGAUGAUGUCACCGCUGGGGGAGCAGGAGGGGCUGGCGGCCGUCAAACUGGAGGACGUGGCGUUCAAGGCGGGCGAGCAGAUUUACGGCAGCCCGGGCGCCAACGCGUACGAGUGCCUGCGUCAGUCCUGCUGCGUCGUCAUAGCGACCAUGAACAAGAUGGCCACCGCCAUGCAGGAGGGAGAGUACGACUCGGAGAAGCCUCCAAACAAGGCCCCGCCCCCUGUGGAGGUGCGGGCGGCCGCCCUGCGAGCGGAGAUCACGGACGCUGAAGGUGUGGGCAUGAAGCUGGAGGACCGAGAGACUGUCAUCAAGGAGCUGAAGAAGUCCCUGAAGAUGAAGGGCGAGGAGCUGAGCGAGGCCAGCGUGCGCCUCAGUCUGCUGGAGAAGAAGUUGGACAGUUCCUCCAAGGACGCUGACGAGCGCGUGGAGAAGAUCCAGACCCGCCUGGACGAGGCGCAGAACCUCCUGAAGAAGAAAGAGAAGGACUUUGAGGAGACUAUGGACGCCCUGCAGGCUGACAUCGACCAGCUGGAGGCGGAGAAAGCCGAGCUGAAGCAGCGUGUGAGCGGACAGUCCAAGAUGGCCGCUGACGGCCUGCGAGGCCCGUCUGUGGUUUCAGGAGAGUGCUCCAUGGCGGGCGGCGUGGCGACAGGUGCGGGGGUGCAGGUGGUGGACUCGCCGCUGCUGACUCGUCAGAUCGAGGCGCAGAGACUUUGCAUCAAGCAGCUGAAGAACGAGAACAACUGGCUGAAGGCGGAGAAGAUGCGCGGCCAGCUGGCGGCGCUGCCCCCGCUCCGCGUGGCCAAGCUGCCCUGCGGGGGUCAGGCGCCACUCUCUGGCGCCCUCUACAGGAAGACGGACCAGCUGCUGGAGACGUUACUGCAGAUGAGCGCCAACGUCAAGGUGGUGGACGUCACAGGCAGAUGUCCCGUGACACCCAGCGCUCAACUUCUGGAGCAGACGACUCGCUUGCAGUCGCUACGAGACACACUGGACAGACUCAAGGGUGAAGUAGCUGAACAUGUGAUCAAACAGCAGCCAGGUGCCAGAGUGUCAUCAGACUUUGCCACCUUUCCUUCCACCUCCUUCAUCAAGGCCAAGGAGGAGAAGCAGGGCCAGGCGGUGCUGGUGGGGCGACUGAUGGUGCCAUGUCCCCCAGGACAGGAGCAGGUGCACCGGCUGCUGCUCACACAGCGACAACUACACCAUGUCCACAACUUGCUGACUGUCACCUGACUACCACCACUAGUCAUGGUUACCGAGUGUCACCACUAGUCAUGGUUACCUUUACCCGAGUGUCACCACUAGUGAUGGCUACUGUCAUACUAGUGAUGGUUACUGUCACCCGAGUAUCACCACUAGUGAUGGUUAC